UUGUUUUUAAAAUGCAAGGUAAUUUCCAUGUAUUUAUUUAUCUCUAAAAUGUGGUAGAUAAGCCAAGCAUCUGGAGGAAGGUGCUUCAGGAAGGUUUUAUUAGCUGUUGACUUGGAAGGUGAUCAUGGUAGGGAAAGGGGAGUAUGGUGAGCUGCCUGCUGAGGAAAACCAGGCAACACCAGGUUUGUGAGGAUGUGCCCCACCCUUUCUCUGUGUGCCAGCCCCUCUUGCUAAAAGCAGGGAGGCCUGCUGGUAAGAUUUCUUAGAAUCUCAGCCUCAGAGGAACCUCUCUAGGGACAACUGACCUCACACUGGGAACUUGAUUAUGCAGAUCCUGGCAGGCCUUGCAGCAUCUGGACUGCUUACUGAAACAGCUUAGAAAGGGAGUCUCUCUCUUUCAUGAUCAUCUGUGUUUGCUUUUCCCUACCAAAGAAGAGCCAGUGAGGCCCCAGCCCUCGAAGUCCUGAACAGCCUGAAUCCUGAGGCUAUUCCUUCUCCAAAACACAUUCUGUAACUAACAAGGAACACAGAAACAGCAUGGAGAAGAAUAAAGAGAAAAACUUAAAAAUUUCAAUAUGCAAAAACGCCUGUUUUGAUGGGUGAUGUGGUGAACACUGAGUUCACUUAAAAGCAUUAUAUUGGUUGGGCAGUGAAUAUCUUUGUUACCGGAAAUAAUAUGUUUUGUCUUCCUGGCCUAUUCAAGGAGGGAUCAGCAAGUAUUUGGGGCAUGGAAGAAAUGUACUCAUAGACCCUUUUGCCUGAAUCUGACUCAAAUUUUCCAGUGAAGCAGAAAGGAGGAAAUAUCACAUCCCCAGGCACAUCUGAAGACAGUGGAAGGAGACACGAUGAGUCGAGAAGAGGUGGAAGAGGAGGCAACCAGGAUUCAGGUAAAAGGAGACUUGGAGAUGAAGAAGGAGGAGGAGAUCUGUGAGGCCGGAGAGCUUGGUCUGUUUGUGAGUAUUGUGCCCACCCUGAUACCCCACAACAAGGGGAUCCGGAUUUCUGAAGCAUGGGAGUAUUUCCACCUGGCCCCUGCUUGUGCUGCUCACCAUCCCAACCAGUAUGCCACCUGCCGCCUGUGUGGCAGGCAGGUGAGCUGUGGUCCUGGGGUUAGUGUGGGCACCACCGCUCUUUGGAAGCAUCUGAAAAGCAUGCACAGGGAGGAGCUGGAGAAGAGUGGCCACUGCCAGGCGGGGCAGCGCCAGGACCCACGGCCCCCAGGGCCCCAGCUCCCCGUGUGCAUCGAGGGAGACUGGGGCAGGUUCCUGGAGCAGGCCAGCGCCCUGGCUUUGUGGGCCAGCCAGAGGGAAAAGGAGGUACUUAGGAGGGAGAGGGCUGUGGAGAGACGUGAGCACGCCUUGGAGGAGGUGGAAAGGGCGAUCCUGGAGAUGAAGCUGUUGUGGUAUGACCUAAUCAAUAUAAAACAUAGACAAACAAUUUAAAGAUGUCUGUAGCAUGAUAAUAAGUAUGUGUAAAAACCUAUAGGUUAACUAUAGUCAUAAAGAAGCAUUAAUAUAGGUUAAGUUACAGGACAGAGAUAGCUGCAUAAGACAAUUAUAAGGUUAAGAACUGUUAUAGGAUUGCGUAAGUAAAGCAUAACCGAAGUGACUCUAUUUUACUGCUUCUGUAAAAAAAAAAAAGUAAAAUACCGUUACAAGGACUGUUUCUGAGAAAUAGAAAUAAAAAAGCUGUCUUCUUGAAAAAGUUAUUUUUCUGUACUUUGUACCCCACAAAAUGUGCUCCCUGCAAGAUAUGGUGGUCUCAGUGAUCUUUAUGGCUUUGAAGUAGAUUCUCGCCCCCUGCUCAAACCCAAGAUGUGGUUGUCUGACUCUGCUCUGCUAACUGCUUUUUAUCCAGCUCUGUAGUCUGCUUGCUUGCUACCAGGAAAAUUCCAUGAGAUAUAAUCUUCCCCCUUAAAUAUUCAAGCCACAGGCCAGUUGGGUGCUAUUCUCCCACAGAGGUUGAGUCUCUCAGGGGAAUCAGUCCCUGGCUAGGUAAUAAAGCUCUCUUUUGUUUGAAUUCAGACUUUGAGUGGUUUCUGAGCAUCUCCCUAUAACACAGUGCAAGGUGAAGGCUGAGAAGGAGGCAGGCCAACGUGGAGAGAAGGACCUGCGAUGGCUGCACAUCCUUUCCAUUUUCUUUAAAUCGUGUUUAGGGGAAUCUCUUUUGAAAAUUCUGACUUCUCCAUUUUAGUUCCAGCUCAAACAUGAAGCGUGGUUUAGUGGCAUUUCUGUUUUUAAGAAAAACAGUACAUAGUGUGAUUCAUCUCAACAGGUCUGAGUGGACCAAAUGCCUAUCUAUAGGGUUCCUAGUGUUUGCUGACCCUUGGCAAAAACCUCAAAAUGUAUUAACUAAAGAUAAAAGUAGUUUUGCGACCAUGUACUUGUGAGUUGUUUCAGGGCAGGAUGUAGUAGACUGUCAGUAUUGUUUAGUAAAAAUAACUGGAUUUAUGCCCUGCACUUGUUUUCAGUGGAGCAAAGUUGGGACAGUUGAGGCUGGGCAGGGAGCUGGAAAGUCCACCUGAGCAGCUCACCUCAGAGACGGUAGGAGAGCAAAACCAGACUCCCUGGAAGGGGGCUGUUUGCACACAACCUGUUGGUGACUUUACAGCUGAUUCUGUGUGAUCCCCAGUGGAAGGACAAAGGCUCCAGCCCAAGCCCUCUGGACACUUGCAGUGCAUCUCUUUCUCCAGUGGUUAUGUGUUUUGCCAUCUGCUUAGAUUAAAGCUGCUUCAUUAGUAUUA